AUGACAACAGAGCAGCACCAACAGUACACUCCGGAGCACACGGUUCCGGUGCUUCUCGAGGAUAUCGCUGACACAAAAACCGAUACGAUUCAAUUCGGCAAAGUCUCCCUGGUUCGAAUUCAGCUCAGAGCCAUAGUCGAAUCCAUCAGGUUCAAUGACAGCGACGCCGAGUAUAUUGUGACAAAUGAAGCGAGAACGCAUCGGAUGAUGGUUCAGAAAAUUUAUACGCCAGCGUUCCCUCGUUCCCGUUGCGAAGAGUUCAUCGUCAGCGACAACGUAGCAAUCUUCGGAAAAAUCCGGGUCAAAGAGGACGGAACCGCGUUUAUCAAUGCGCUCGGCUUGAAUGUGAUCGGAUGGGAUGAGAACACCGCUGCACUGCCGACAAAUCAAUCCUCCGUGGCUCAUCUGAAACUGGGACUUCACAAGAAAACUGGAGACGUGUCUCGAUUCCCAAUCGACCUACUCGAGCCGUCUGCCGCUCUGGAAAACAACGGAGGCGUGUGGCCGUCGGAGAUCGAGGAUCUGGCGGCGGGAUUAGUGGUCAAGAAGGCGAAAGUAGAGGAGGAAUCGAGUUCAGAUGAAGAGGAGGAUUCUGAUGGCUCAGAUGAAGAGGAGACAGAGUCAGAGGAUUCUGAAGAGGGAGAGGAAGAAGAGGAUUCAUUUGACGCAGGACCCGCGGCGUUGGUCCAAGAAGAAAGUCAGGUUCUAGAAGAUUCGUUCGAUGCUGGACCGACGACUACUAUUCCAGAAGCUGCUGAGAAGCCAAAACAAGAGGAAGAAGUUGUCUUCGAUUCUUUUGAAAAUGCCUAA